AUGUCUUUCAAGACCGUCUUCGUCGCCCUCUUCGCUACCUUGACUAUUGCGGCUCCAGCAACCAAUGUUGACGCCAGUCUCGAGGCCCGCAACGACGCCGCAAACGUUGUUGAGAAGCGCUUUGAGCCCGGUUGGUGCACCUUCCACCAGCACGACGACUGGUCCAACGGCCUGGACACCAACCCGACCACCAAGAUCCAGCUCAACUUCUUCGACGGCAAGAAGAACCAGUUCUACACCUUCCCGCAGACCAACGUGCGCGGCCAGAUCCCUUACCACAUCAAGCCCGAUGGCUUCAGCGACCCCAUCACUCUUUCUGGAGGGCCCGACGGUGGCUGGAAGUACGAGUACAAGGGCGAUGUCUGGACCACGUCGGACAAGAACAGAUGCAGCGCUGGAAAGAGGGCCGACCCUGGCAGCAAGGGCAACCACGGGCGCAACACUCAGGACUAUGACUGUGGUUUCACUUGCUAA